AUGGAGAUCAUGGGGAUGACGGGGUUGAUGGGGGGGGAUGAUGGAGUUGAUGGAGAUGAUGGAGAUGAUAGGGAUGAUGGGGAUGAUGGGGAUGACAGGGGUGAUGGGGAUGAUGGGUGUGAUGGGGAUGAUGGAGAUGAUGGAGAUGAUGAGGAUGAUGGGGUGUAUGGGGAUGAUGGGGAUGAUGGGGAUGAUGGGGAUGACGGGGGUGAUGGGGAUGAUGGGUGUGAUGGGGAUGAUGGAGAUGAUGGAGAUGAUGAGGAUGAUGGGGUGUAUGGGGAUGAUGGGGAUGAUGGGGUUGAUUGGGAUGAUGAGGGUGAUGGGGAUGAUGGAGAUGAUGGAGAUGAUGGGGAUGAUUGGGGUGAUAUGGAUGUUGGGGGUGAUGGGGAUAAAGGGGAUUAUGGGGAUGAUGGAUAUGAUGGGGGUGAUGGGGAUGAUAGGGAUGAUUGGGUUGAUGGGGAUAAAGGGGGUUAUGGGGGUGAUGUGGAUGAUGGGGAUGAUGGGGAUGAUGGAGAUAAUGGUGAUGAUGGGGGUGAUGGGGAUGAAGGGGAUGAUGGGGAUGAUGGAGAUGAUGGAGAUGAUGGGGAUGAUGGGGUGAUGGGGAUGAAGGGGGAUGAUGGAGAUGAUGGAGAUGAUGGGGGUGAUGGGGAUGAAGAGGGUGAUGGAGAUGAUGGGGAUGAUUGGGGUGAUGGGGGUGAAGGGGGUGAUGGGGAUGUUGGGGGUGAUGGGGAUAAAGGGGAUGAUGGGGAUGAUGGAUAUGAUGGGGGUGAUGGGGAUGAUGGGGAUGAAGGGGCUCAUGGAGAUGAUGGGGAUGAUGGGGGUGAUGGGGAUGAAGGGGUUAUGUGGGAUGAUGGGGAUGAUGGAGAUGAUGGGGAUGAUGGGGUUGAUGGGGAUGAUGGGGAUGAUGGGGAUGAUGGGGUGAUGGAGAUGAUGGGGAUGAUGGGGGUGAUGGGGAUGAAGGGGGUGAUGGAGAUGAUGGAGGUGAUGGGGAUGACGUGGAUGAUGGGGGUGAUGGGGAUGAUGGGGCUGAUGAAGAUGAUGGAGAUGAUGGGGGGGUGA